AUGGUUAUAGAUAAUGGGGUUGGAGAUGCUCUAAGUUAACACUUCACAGUCUCAGCAUUAGCAGCUCUCUCUCUCUCUCUCUCUCUCUCCCCCUCCCUCCCUUGCAAACUUCACAAUCAAUGGCGUAAAGCAAAUACUAAUACUUAAUCCUAACGUACCCGAAUCAUUUAAGAAACUGGGUCCUCCCAAACCCACAAAAUUGAUCAUCUCGAUUCUUAUAUCAGGGGUGUUCGAGAUUCUAUUUUUUAUCAAUCAGUUAGUCCUGGAAACAAGAUUAAUACACACAAAAAGCUGUAUGUAUAAUCGGUAAAGCUGGGAAAGCACGGGGAUCAGUUGCUGGAAGGAUUUUUUGAUUGUAUCAAUGAAAUUACAUCCAUAUUAGCCUUUAGGAUGAAUGAUUCUUCGGCCUACCGUGUUGAAACCACCUCUCGUCUCGCUCAAUGGCGAAUCGAUAGCUUGGCCUCGUGUACUUAUCGGAAAUCGGAACCUUUCAAGAUCGGAAAGUGGAAUUGGCACUUGGCUGUGGAAAAGAAUCGGAGUUUGUUUAUUAAGUUAUUCCCAGAAGCAUCGAAUGUAACAAGAGAAAAUCCUCCGAUUGCAUCUUUUAUCAUCCGAGUCGUCUCUUUGCUGGGUAAUCGCACAACUUUGGCUCAUCCAGAAAUCACUAAUAAGCUAUGGAGGAGCAGUGAAGAUUUUGUUUGGUCACUUGAGGUUCCGUUAAUGGGAAAAUUCAUCAUUGAUGUUGAAUUCUUUGAUUUGAAGACGGCAUCUCCGAACGGCGAGGAGCCUCGCUCGAUCUGGGCUGAAGGAGUAACAAACAGAGAAUCAAAUGCAACAGCUGUUACAGCACUUGGCCGGAUGUUAUCUGAUGGCAUACACACGGAUAUUGUAAUCAAUACUUCCGAUGGAAGCAUAGGAGCUCAUCGUGCAAUUCUUGCCGCAAGGUCGCCUGUAUUCAGCAGCAUGUUUUCUCAUGACCUUAAAGAGAAAGAACUGUCCGCUGUAAACAUCUCUGACAUGUCAAGUGAAAUUUGUUAUGCUUUUCUUAGUUACAUUUACGGGAAUAUACAACACGAAGUAUUUCUAACUCACCGAUUGGAACUUCUUCGGGCAGCUGAUAAGUAUGACAUCUCUGAUCUAAAAGAGGCAUGUCAUGAUAGUCUAGUUGAAGACAUUGAUAUUAAGAAUGUGCUCGAGCGACUCCAGUGUGGUACUCUGUAUCAAUUGCCUAAACUGAAGAGCAGCUGCAUGCAGUAUCUUGUGAAGUUUGGCAAGAUAUAUGAUCUUCAAGAUGAUUUGAACACCUUUCUUCAGUCAGCAGAUAGGGAUCUAAUUUUUGAUAUUUUCCAUGAAGUUCUUGCUGGCUGGAAGGGUUUCUGAAGUUAUAAUGUAAGGAAAUUAUAUUUGUUUAGUAUGGGUUGUAUACAGUAUAUCCAGCAAAAUAGACUAUAGAAAAAGUUGUAUUGUACAAAAUUUGUUGGAUUGGGAUUUUAGUAUUCUUUUGCUCAAGUGAAACUGCUUACCUUCAUGUACAUAUACGUACAGUAUAUUGCUGUACUGAUUGAUUUUUAGUGAAUAUUAAUACUCCCUCUGCCCCCAGGUUGUUUA